AUGGUUCGACUGGGCAAGACGAAACAGUAUCAUAAUCUGAAUGCACUCAUAGAUAGAUACAGUCCAGACCUCAAGAUUAUCGGCGUCCCCUGUAACCAGUUCGGACAACAGGAACCGGGGAAGAACUUGGAGGAGAUACUCAACGGGAUCAAGCACGUUCGCCCCGGUGGUGGGUUCGUCCCCAAGUUUGAGCUCACGAAAAAAAUGAACGUGAAUGGGGAAAAGGAGAACAAAUUCUACACAUUUUUAAAGAGCCAUUUCCCUCCAACGAACGAUGUCGCUUGGAACUUUGAGAAGUUUCUCAUUGACAAACAAGGCCGUGUGAGAUAUCGCAUGGAAGACAGCGUACUGCCAGACGAUGAAGACGUUACAGAACACAUCGAACAAUUGAAGAGAGAAGACGAUGAUUAAAUCAAUCGUGUUAUGAACCUCAUCAAUUAUUGCGUUUUCUUUAUCAAAUCACUGAUUUGGGACCUCGACCAUAGCCACGAAGAACAAGCAUUUAUCUGAAAUGCCAAACCAGCAUAUUUUCAACUGUAUCAUCAUGAGCCGGAUGACCCAGCCGGACCUCAUUGAUAUAUCCAUUGAUCGUCCUUGCCUUAUAGGAUAGCUAUAGGCCUAGUAUUGAGCCACGCAAGAGUUUUCCUAGAUGUUGAACACUCCAUGAAGGGUCUGGCCUAAACUCGAAAUGGCCAGAUUCGGAUGAACUAUAGUUGUUAUUGUGACAUUGUGCAUUCUGUCACCAGUGGUGACUAUGAUGUGUUGCAUUCUAGAUUAAAAAACAUUGUGUGGUUA